CUUCAGAAUUGAUAUUUUCAACAAAAUGCUACGAAUUGCAUCAAUAUUCCUGCUUUUUGCCAUCUCAGAAAUCAUUGCUCAAGAUUGCGAGAAUAAAGAUACACAAUGUUCUACACCAUCAGAAUUUAAUCAAGACACCAAUUGGCAGUCAGCUACUUCAGUUUACGAUUUUCAUGCAAACGACAUUUUGGGCAAAAAUGUCUCAUUGGAGAAAUAUCGUGGUUAUGUUCUUAUUAUUGUUAAUGUAGCCAGUAACUGUGGCUUAACAGAUAUCAAUUAUAAACAACUCCAGCAGUUAUAUAAUAAAUAUAGCGAUAGUGGUUUGCGAAUUCUUGCGUUUCCUUCUAAUCAAUUUGCUGGUCAGGAGCCGGGCACUUCUGAGGAAAUACUAAACUUUGUGAAACAGUACAAUGUUACUUUUGACAUGUUUGAGAAAAUUGAUGUAAACGGAGAGAAUGCUCAUCCGCUGUGGAAGUGGCUGAAGACACAGAAAAGCGGACUUAUUACCGACGCAAUUAAAUGGAAUUUUACUAAAUUUAUUGUAAACAAAGAAGGUAAACCAGUAGAAAGAUUCUCUCCGUCUACUGAACCAUUAAGUAUGGAAGAAAGUUUGAAAACGUACUUUUAAGUUUGUACAACGCUUGCUUCCUUUCUUUCUGUAUUUUAUACAUAUUUUUAACAAUUUUUUAUUUAGUACACAAAUAUAAA